UGCCUUUCCCGCACGUUACCACGGCACGGGUGUUUACUUGCUGUUCCGGUGCAUUAGUGGAUCCCGAAGAACAGUGAAGAAAGGAAGUCAAAAAAUCUCCUUGGAAUUGUUUUUGCAACCCUCCGGUCUCAUGAGGGUUGAGGAUGGGUGGUUGCUGGAGUGCUGGACAUGAUGGAGCCAGCGUUCGGGCCGAUUCAACCGACGGGACACUCGGUUCAAUGCCUCUUGGCCGGAACCAACCACUCAAGCCAGAGAGCCCCAAGUGGAAGAGUGACGUACCCCUCACGGACGGCCAGCUGCGAAGCAAACGAGACGAAUUCUGGGAGACAGCGCCAGCCUACGAGGGCAGGCGGGAGAUCUGGGACGCUCUGAAAGGCGCAGCCCAGGCGAUGGAGUCAGGGGACCAUACACUAGCGCAGGCGAUUAUCGACGGGGCUAACAUAACCUGUCCUAAUGGAAUGCUAACGGAUUGCUAUGACGAAUUGGGAAAUCGCUACGUACUGCCUGUCUACUGCCUCAGCCAGCCCAUCAACAUGGUGGAAGCGGAGAGCGAGUCAGACAUAGGCCAGGAGGAGGCCCCACCCCCCAUAGGGGGCGUGGAGACAACCAUCAAGCUGCGGGUGUCGACGGGCAAGGAUGUAAAGAUGACAGUCCGGUCCACCGAGACCGUCCACCAGGUCAAGAAGCGCCUCCACACCCAGCUGGGGGUGGAGCCGGCCCGCCAGCGCUGGUACUUCUCGGGGAAACUGUUGACGGACAAAACGCGGAUCGAGGACAUCAAGAUCCCCAAGGGAUACAUCGUACAGGUGAUUGUGUCAGAGGCCAGCCCCACGCCGGUGGACGGAUGACGGCAGGAGGAAUUGACUAGGAAGAACUCGCUACUAGGAUAGGGACGGUACAUUGUGCUAGGCGGACUGGUGCCUUUCUCUUUCUCCCCAUUAACACCCCUUCCCUUUCCCCUCCCCCCCCCCGGUGCUUGUCAGAUGUGUCCCAUGACAAGCAUCCUCACGUUCCAUGUUCAUCGGGUAAUACGGAGGAGCGACGUCCGCACUGUACAAAGUAUCCGUUUUUGUUUUAGAUUGAUUUGCAGUUUGAGACAAAUCAAAAUCCCAGUGGAUCUCUCAAUUUGAAACAAGUCUAAUGUUAAAAAAAUAAUCAAACAAAGAAACAAAAACUUGUACUUCAGUCCGUAAUUGUGGCGAGUGUUCAUUUUACUCUCAAUCAGACCAAUUUUUAAGAUUAAUAAUUUCAUCAGAGCACAACGUAUUCUCCUAUUCCACUUCUUUGUGACAACUCACCUGAUGAAGUUUGGGAUUUUGGGGUCGUGAAUCCCCGCCUGGUUUCAUGAACCUUCUUUACAUACAAUUCUAUUUUAGAAAGAUCACAUCAAACCGAUCACUGUAUAGUCAUUUUUUACAUGUUCAUAUAUUUGAUGUGAAAGCACAGUCAAUGUAAAGGUCUAUGGUGGAUACAUAGACUGAAGAAAAAAGGGGCGCACCUCCUGGGAUUAGGGGGGUCCGUGUGUACAUGUAUUUAAAUGUCACUUGUGCACAAAAAUCCAAUUUCAUAUAGUUACAGUUUGCAAUCAUCCAUCUGCACUUAUAUGUUCAAAUCCAAUACAAUUCUCUCCUUUUAUCUUUCAACAUUUUUUUCCGAGAGCUUCACCUGCAGAAUCAGCAUAACCUACUUGCCAUACACCAUCAGUGAAAACAGCAGCAAAGUAGAAUUAUCACAAACACUGAAAACUUACAAUUUAACAUUUCCUGAUGAGUGCUUCGUGGUGGCUCACACAUCAUUGUCAGAAUAUUUCAAGGUUCAGUGAGAGAGGCUGCCAAAGUUUGCAUUCAAACUUGGCAUUUAAACCACAAAACCUUUUAUAUUUGGUUUUGAACUGAAAAUCCGACUGAGAAUAUUAACCUGAAUUUACGGGUUAAUUAAAGGUCGAUAUUAACUUAUUAAUAGUACUGGUUAUUAUCAACCUAUCAAUAAAUCUAACAGGUUAAUACCUGAAAAUCUUAGCCCGUAGUACAGGUUAAUAUUAACGUAAUAUUCUUAAUAUCAACCCAUUCAUAAAUAUUACAUGCUACUAUUGACUCUUUAAAUUCACUGGUUAAUAUAACACCUGGUUAGUGUUAGACUUAGGUAAUGUCAAGAUAUUUUAAAAUUUAUAUUGGUAUUUUCCUUCCUGUUCUUAAAGUUAAAGUGUGCCAGUCUGAACCAGAUCUGUCUCAGGUGAAGACCUUGAAACCCGUGAAGUUUAGUCAUGCAUUGGGACAGUUUUGUUUCUCUCUGAGUAUGCCACUGUGGGGCUUAAGACGGUAAAGAAAAGAUCAGUGAAGAUCGGAAGACGACCUACAUGAACUCCAUAUUGGAUCCAAAACCUACAUACACCACUCGUUUGCUUUUUUUGUCAACUUAACUGAUAACACGCAAGUGCCUGUGACGUCAAUCUGAAACAAGACGGUGGCAGAGUGGAAGUUACGUGUCAGUCACGUAAGUCAUUCACUCAUUUGUCAAAAGUGUCCAGUCACUAGCCUCUGUAAAGAUCAAAUUACAAGGCCCUCACAAGGGGUGACAGUGCUGGAGAUUGUGUUGGCAAAAAACAGUGAAAAGGUACAGGACUGCUAAAACUUUUAAGAUCUUGGAAUAGUACAGAUUGUCUUGGAACAACUUUUUUCAUGGGACAAGGCAACAGAUGACCACUUGCCUGAUUCAGAAUUGGAUGAAAUGUUUCAUUAUUCAGCCAGUGUUGUAAUUUAGAACUUCUUCGACUGCGAAGUCCACUGCCAAAUAUUGAACUGAUUAGGAAGGAACAAAUCUAGAGAACAGUGGACUCUGGAGGGUAAGUGCGCAAAGCUGAGAUUGUAAAAUGAAUUAAAACUUCAGACACUUCCAGUUUGUAAAAAUUAGGUUUCAAGGUGGAAAGUGCAUGCAAAGUACUCGGUGGAAUACUUUUUGUGUAUGGUCUGAAGUCGUCAUUUCAUUUCCUAAUCUUAUCUUUGUGCAUUUACCAUCCAGUGCCCAUGUUUCAGUUUCUGCCCCCCCCCCACCAGUUUAGUAUUAGAAAUCGGUACUCCAACAGCACUUGACUACAAUACUGGACUCAGCCAUGGGGCGGCACUCUUGUUUAAUUUCCAUCAGAGUUCCUGCUCAAAUGUAGGGCAAUAUUCAAGUUUUUGAAGCGCAUGGCAUUGGCCCAUGAGACAGCCAUGGUAGGAUGAUUGUUGGACAAGUAUGGGUAGUAAAUGGAACAGAAAGGGGGACAGGGCCCUGUUAAGAUCCUCAUUUUAUCAUUGAAUACAUUUCCAAGAAAUAGAAAGUGGACUCGUAAUAUUGUAAUCUGUAGUUAAUAUACCUUGCUCGCCUUGUUGUGCGUGCACAUCAUCUGUGUCACCCAGACUGCUGCCCUUUUGUGAAUGUUCCGCAUUCCAAAUAGAAUUGCAGUGGCACAAGACCACAUCCAGCGGUUGUUCUUUCGGUCACAGAAUGAUCGUUUUACUUUAAUAGUCAUUAAAGUGCUACGGAUUCUUUAUACAGAAUGAUCGGUGAAAGGUGAACAUGAACAAGGUCUUCCGCAAACAAAUGCCAGCAUAUGUGCACUCAAGGUUACUUCUGUAUAUAAAUCAUACUAAAAAAACAAAUCCCCCCUUUCAAAAACAAAAAAAAACAAACCCACACAAUAGAGGUAAAGUGGAAGUGUGAAUCAUCAAAGAAGGCUCUGUAAACACGCUAACUCUAUCUGCUUAUUCAGGGAGAUCUCUCCCCACCCAAGUAAAUCUUGAAACAGUUUUAUUCCAUGUGUGUUUAACGUAGCAUGGGGCUGUGCUGUGGACAGUAAAUUUUGUUAAGUUAUUCAAAAUGUCAGGGGCACUUGUAGGUCAUGUUCCAGCCAGGAAUUUUGUUCUUCCAAAGUGGGUUUUGUUCCCUUCUUCCUCAUACUUGUAUAAGGGGCACCAGACUAGACACCGAGACUAGCUGCUCCAAUUUGAUUAGUACUUCUUUGAUAGACUCUGGCCGUGUCCGAAACGGGCUUCUUGAGCUACGGCUAGGUCUAUUGUCUGCGUGUCUCUACCCAUUUCUAAUGGAAUGAAGACCUAGACCUAGCUCUAGACAACAGAUUCGGAUGCAGCCUCUGUUACUGAAUAAAUGAUAUUUGUAGCCUCCCUCAAAAAAAAAAAUCUGAGCUGAGAACCAGUCUCAGGCAGUAUGCAUCAUUCCAAUAUGCUUUGGCUGGUUUCCUGUUUUCGGGGGGCUCAGUUCUGUGUUUAACAAAUUUCAUGUGCUCGUCUGCUCCUUUAAAUGUUGGUCCUCAAAGCUUUGAGGAAGCACACGUCUGGAUUCAACACAAGUGCUGUCUUUUUACUUUUUUUGCGGAUCAUGAGCUGCCAUGUGGCAGCUGAGUCAAUUACAAAUCACCACAGGUCCCUACAAGACUGUCACAAGUCAUCUUAGUCAAGUGGUAGGCUAUUCAAAUGACCUCUGGGAAACAAGUCCUUGUUCCACAGUUCAUGCCGUUACUUGUGACUGGUCUUGUGAUGGACUCACAAGGAUUAGGAGUGUCAGUGUUUUCCACGAGCGGUCUUGUAGCAUGCAUGCACACCGUGGUCCUCCGCACUUAUGUCUCACACAUUUUACACUUGACUAGGCCACAUUAUUGCCUGAAUGAAAGUCGUGUCGUUUUCAAAGAGUCCUUCUGAAAACCAUGUAAUAGUUAAAAUAUGAAUUCUCUCAUAAGCUCUUUACCGAAUCAAUUUGCUUUCCCUUGGCAGUUGACAUGAGACAUGAUGAUUUUGCAACUAAUCAGGAACUCGGCGUCAAGAAAAUGACGUUUAUUACGUGCCAUCUUCAAUGAAGCGUGUUGAGUUCACAUGCAGUUUUUAUUGCAUUUAGUGGAAGUCUAUUUUGGGAUUUGUAGAGAUUUUCACUUUGAAUUUGUGCAGGCCAUUUGAAUCUGCCCCGCUGUAGACUUUUCCAAUGUUCCAAAGCAUCUUUAAUCUUUCUCGUUCCAUGAAGUUCUGAUUCAGUGGAGUGAAUGAAACCUCUGCUUCUGUUCGUGUUGCUUCACUUUGUAAACACACUGAAGAACGUCACCAAAAAUAAAAAAAUACAUUUGACGGCUCUUUUCAGAGAAUCAGGUGGCAAGCCAAUUUCUUUGAGUCACUUGUAAUUCAGCCUGUCAACAUUUUGGACUCAUUUUGAUGCAUCUUUUUGUGGCAGGGAAAUCGUCGCAAUUAGUGAAGUGUAGAAAAAUGUCCGUCAGCUUCACUACUGUCGCACUUUAACUUGUAACUUGAACCCAUUUUUUGUAAAUCACACAAGCACUGUAACUGACUGAACUUUUCUCAGCUCUAUUUAUGAAUUUGUUUAGAAUUAAUGGUGUCUAUUUUUUAGUAUGUGAAGACCGUUACCAUAUGUGGGACAUGUUGUAUCAUGUUGCUCUUUGGAUAAAUAAGUUCAAAUGACUCUUAUUGCUUGCAUCCCGUCUGUAGUGGUAACCCUUGCCAUAUCAUGUUCUUCUCAGCGAAAGUAGGGGCGGUUCCAUGAAAAAACAGAAGGAUAGAUAGCAUCAGGAUUUAUUGUAAAUAGGUGUGACUCGUCAGGUGCCCGGCAAAAGGGCAUAAGUGCACUUGGGCCCUUUCGCUGGGAAGCAUGAUCACAGCAGAAAAAAUUUUUCCAGCAAGAGGGCAUAAGAAACACAUUCUCUUUAUUUAGUAAAAACGGAUACAAUUUACUACAAAAUCAACCUGGGCUGUACUAAUAGCAACCUUUGAACAACUGAUUAGAGGACUUGGGCAUUUUUCAAAACUUUUUGCCAAGAAAUCUUCAUAUUUCAUUAAAGUACAAUCGUUGCAUACUUUCGUCCUUUCGCCGCGAAAAGUUUUUUGCAGUGAUCAUGCUUCCCAGCAAAAGGGCCUAAGUGCUUAUGCCCUUCUGGUAGGCACACGACGAACUAAUCCCAAGAAGUUUAAUCUGCUUGAAAUUCCUACCCAUCACUCCACUGCAUCUGCACUUCAACUGCAACCCUCGGAAAUCAUUUGAACUUGUAUUGAGAUGUAUGAAACCACAGGUUUGUGGGAAAUUUUGUUCAUGUUCACAACAAGACAGUUUAUCCAUCUAGGGAGUUCAGUAGAACAGUGAACAAGCCUUAGAUUUUUCAAAUUGUCGUAAAGCCUUUUUUUCCAAUUUGGAAUCCUUUAAAUUGUUACACCACUGGUUACCACUGCUGAAAGGAGUACCCAGUGCUUUGGCCAGAUCAAAGUCUACAUGCUGGGGUGUCAUCAAGGUAUACUGCAGGUGAAUAGAAAGGGAAGAGCAUACUAAAGUCUGGCUUGUAGUUUCAAGCAUGAAAAUAAUAGAAUUCAACCAUACGCAGCUCUCAGAGUGUUGAUUUGGAUUCUGCUGAAAUCAACAGACUCAAAACCUGUAAAACCUGGAGGUUUCUUAGCAGUUCUCAGAUGACUGAAAUUCUGACAGAUUACGUUCAUUUGGAUGUUGUUGGAAAUUACAGGUGAAUAAACAGAAGUGAUGCCAAUAAACAAUUCAGUAAUCAGUUCUCUUGAGGUAUUGAUUUAUUUAGCAAUUUUAUUCUACUUACAGACAAAAAUUUGCACUUGACACUAAAUAAUCAUUUUCCCCUUAGAAUUCGUUUUGGAUUUUGGUAGGCCAACCGGAAUGGAAACCCAAAUUCCUGAAGUCUGGUGUACUGUGAAAGAUUACACCCUUGGCCAAAGUGUAAAUGACUUAUGCAUAACCGUCAAAUUAUGCAAUUUGUUGAGAUGUAUAUAUUAUUGUAAUAUUUAAAUGACAGCAUUGUAGAGCAUCCACGAUAUUGUAAUAAUGUUAUGUGUCAAUGAUGAGAAAGGUAAUAAGAAUUUUAAUUUUAAGUCAU